AAUACCAGCAACCCUGACCGGAAAUCACCUUUUGAACAUCCAUUGAUCCAUCAAACAAAACCACCACUGAGUGAGAGUGAUGAGGGAAAUGGUGAUGCUCGAUGUGUUGAUAAUAGGAAGCGGCCCUCAUGCCCUGACCCUGGCUAGCUUGCUAUCCAGCCCUGAUCCAAACUCUGACCCUGGACAGGACUCCCCCCUCUCCCCCGUUUGCCCUGUGAGGCCUCAGACAAACCCAGAAACAGCCAACAACAAACGCUGCUGUGGCAAGAAGAAGAGGAGGGCCACAGCUGUCUCUGCAGGCCAGACGUUGGAGGAGCAACUAGAAAAGUCCACGAUAUCAGAGAGGAUCAUCUGUCCCCCGCUGAGCGUCCAAGUGGUGGACACCUAUGGAGAGUGGACGGCUCUGUGGGAGAGUCAGUUCACAGCUCUGAACAUCCCUCAUCUGCGCUCUCACACUCUGGUGCACACAGAUCCUCUCAAUAAGAAAGCACUUCAGGAAUUUGUUUUAAAGCAUGAACGCUCAGCAGAACUUCACAGCCUUCCUGAUCACGUUUACAUCCUGGACGAUAAUGCGUUUUUCAACGACAUGCGGCUCGGCAAGAAGGAGAGGAAACGUCUAAACAUCACGUCCACACUGAAGAAGAGUUUAUCCUUCUGUCUGCCAGGAACCAAACUAAGUGUGGAUUUCUUUAAGGAGCAGGUCAGAUUAGCUGCAUGCGUGUCCUGCAAUUCAUAACUUUUUUAAUAACAGUGUGUUUGCUUGACUUGUUGGAAGUA